CGGCGUCAACUCAGUCUUUCACCUUCAUCCCACCACAAAACAUGUCUCACAUAUUAAUAUUCCUACUAGUUAUAGCUGUAACGAAAUCCGAAGGGAACAUCUCAACAUGUAAUGGUUUCACAGCAAAUUUUCACUUGAAGAGUAUCACGGGGUCGUGGCAGGUGGUCGCCAUUAUACCGGAAAAGCUGUUCCCCGACAAAGAUGUCGCUUGUUUCAAAGUGGAAUUCAGUGAAACAGAUGAGGGCGGUCUACGAUGGUUAGUGAACAAAACACUUAAUUUACCGCAGAAGAUGAAUUUGGAAAACAUAAAAGGCCCAAUAGUCCGACAACGGUACCACUCCGACCACCCAUUCGACGUCUGGUCCAAAUCUGUUGAGGGCGUGAAUGGAUGCUUCCAGCAAGUUCUCUCUUUGGACACUGAUAAAAGUGAUUUAUAUAAAGCAGUAACCCAUGACGCGAUGAUGCAGCUGCACCAACUGGACGCGGCUGAUGGUUCCGAACCGUUUCUGGUGCAAAUGCUAUGGGGAAAGAUGAUCGCAGCCGUCAUAUACCGUCGGCAACCAGGUGUAACACAAGAUCAACUGAAGCCAGUGUUUGAGCUGAUGUCGAAACUGCGCGGGCCGCAGCGCGUGCCAAGAAUAUGUGAACAACAAUUACACGACUUCCUGGUUAGGAGGCACUCUUAAACUGACCACCGAUAUCAUCAUCAGAUAUUGUAUUUUAAUAAAGUAAUAUUUAAUAUUA